UCGCCGCACCCGCACGACCCCCUUCCUCUCCUUUUCCUCUCGAUACUUCUCCGCCUCCUCGCCGCACGACCCCCUUCCUCUCCUCUUCCUCUCGAUCCUUCUCCUCCUCCGCCUCGUCGCCGAUCCGUCGCAGCAUCAGUGGCCGCCCUCGCCUCAGUCUCUACUCUUUCUCUGGCGGUUUCUCGCCGUCGCGGGCUCGCCGUUCCUCGUUACUCCAUCCUGAUCUUUAAGUGCCGCCUCUCAUCUCUGCUGUUCCACCAUUCCCCUGUAUUUCUAACUAAAAACCUUCUCUUUGCUAACUCACAAAAUGCUUGAGCACUUGCGGUUGCCCUGUAUGGUGACAGUUGCUGCCAUAGCUCUCUCUGCCAUCCUGUUCAAAGAAUUCCUGAAGAAAAGAGCAGGUCAGACCGCUGUGGAGGGCAGUGCAGAUAAUGAUUCAGCUACACAGAAUGGUACCGUAGAGAGGGCUGCUCGUACUUGCACUACACCACAAGUUGAGGAAACGGCAACAUCUUCCGGACAUGACUAUGAAGUAUUCUUGAGUUUCAGAGGGCCUGACACACGAUCAGGUUUUACCGACUACCUCUACACUAGCCUUACAAAUGCGGGAAUCUGCACAUUUAAGGAUGACAAAGACCUCCACGUUGGAGAAGAAUUUGCCCCAGAACUUCUUGAAGCAAUCAAUCAGUCGAGGAUCUCAAUACCUAUCUUUUCAAAAGGUUAUGCCUCUAGCGUAUGGUGUCUCAAGGAGCUAGUUCAGAUGGUCAAGUGCCAGAAAAAUGAAAGACAAAAGAUCAUGCCCAUUUUUUAUGAUGUGACACCUUCGGAGGUUCGACGCCAAACCGGGAGUUUUAAAAAUGCUUUUGUUUCACACAAAAGAAAGAGGCGAUAUGACGAAAAGACUAUUGCAGAGUGGAAGGAUGCUCUCACUACAGUCGCGGAUAUAAAUGGAUGGGACCUACAAAGCAUGCCCAACAGGCAAGAAGGUCAGUUUGCAAAAACAAUCACACGAAGGUUUUCAAUGAGUUGAAAACGGCUUAUUUGGAAGUAUCAAAUUGCUUGGUCAAUGUCGACAACCAUGUGGAUGCAAUCAUGGAAUUGAUAGGUCCUCAUACAAGUGAAACACGGAUUAUAGGAAUCUGUGGGAUGGGUGGCAUCGGGAAGACGACAAUUGCCAAAAUCAUCUAUAAUCAGCUUUUAGAAAAAUUUGACUGCUGUUGCUUUAUGCCCGACAUCCGUGAAAAGUCAAAAUGUGAGGGCAUUGAAUUCUUGCAAAAUCAGCUCAUCUCCAACAUCCUCAAAAACAAAUGCACAGAUAUAAUGAACAUUGAUGAUGGGAUUAAGACCAUCAAAUACAGAUUGUCUAAUAAAAGAGUCCUCCUCCUUCUCGAUGAUGUGCAUGAAAAGAAGCAUAUGGAUGCACUUGCAGGUGAGUGUGAUUGGUUUGGUAAAGGGAGCAAACUUAUUAUUACUACUAGAAACAAAGAAGUUCUUGAUGUUCUUGGAGUGAAAAGCUAUUAUGAGCUUUGGGGCAUGAAUCACGAUCAAUCUCUUCAACUCUUCAGCAAACAUGCUUUUAGAAGAGAUCAUCCUUUGAAUGAGCAUAUCAAACAAUCCGAGAGGGCGAUAAAAAUUGCUGGAGGUCUUCCGUUAGCUCUUGAGAUCAUGGGUUCACUUUUAUCUAACACUAAAGAGGAAAAGUGGGAUUCCAAAUUACGUAAGUGGGAAAGUGAUCCUCAUAAGGAUGUCCGAAGUAGAUUGAAAAUAAGUUAUGAUGAAUUAGAAGAAAAGGAAAAGCAAAUAUUCCUUGAUAUAGCUUGUCUCUUAAUUGGAUAUGAUAAAGACAUUGUAGUUCAUUUUUGGGAAUCUGAAUUCCAUCCGGAAUAUGCCAUGGAUGUUUUGGAGAACAUGUCUUUGAUAAAGAUUAGAGAGGAUAAUAAAGUGUGGAUGCAUGACCAACUUAGAGACCUCGGAAGACAAAUAGUUUGUCAAGAAACGAAUAUAAAUAAACAAAUUAGGGUGUGGGAUCGUGAGAAAGCAUUGGAUUUGCUGAAGAGCCCUAAGACGAAGAAAAAAGUUGAAGCUCUUCGCCUCCGCUUGGACCAUUAGCACCGUUUUACCUGCAAGGACUUUAAGAGCCUACCAAGGCUAAGGUUCCUUGAGGUUGAUGACUCGGAGCAAACUUUUUGUGUAGAAAAGAUGCUUCUUCAGCACAAAGGGCCAUCAAAUGUUCUUCCAACUGAUGUUUUGAAUUCAAAUCUCCUUCCACAAUUACGCUGGCUUUCUUGGCGUAAAAUUCACCCAACAUUUGAGAUUAC